CUGUUUCAACUUAGAACUGGACACGCACCUCUCAACAAACACCUCUUCCGAAUCUCCAGAUCCCCAACGGCAACCUGCCAACAGUGCCACAAAGGCACAGAAUCAGUCCAUCACUUCCUCCUCACGUGUCCUGCCUACACUCGUCACCAAAACGUCCUGAGAUUGGAGCUUGGUACGCACGCACACCAUCUCAAACACUUGAUCAACGAUGUCAAAUGCCUAAAGUCCAUUUUCAAAUGUAUCACACACACCCGCAGGUUUGAAACAGUGUUUGGGGAUGUC